UACUGUGUCCUUUGAUUUGCAUUUUUAGAUUCGUCAUGUGAGGUGAGGAACUAAAACUUGAGUGAUUGCUUAAUGCACAUCAGCCAAGAAACAUGGUGUGCGCUUAAGUAUGAUACGGAUAUUCUGUAAACCACCUGAGGCACACAUUUAAUCUAUGUUUUUUUCCUGGCACCUGCAUGUCUCUGACUUGGGGGAAUCGUGUUGUAGUUCAUCAAGGUGAGCAGUGAUGGCAUCACAUGAGGAGCUCCUCUUGGGAGUACUGCAGGACUUGGGGAAUGAGGAGUUCGAGCAUUUCAGGUGGCUCCUAAAGAAGGCUGAAGUAGACGACUUCCCAGCUAUCCCAAAGAGCCGGCUGGAGGAGGCCAACAGGCUGGAGACGGUGGACCAGAUGGUGCAGACCUACGGCCUUCCUGGAGCUCUGCAGAUCACAGUGGAAGUUCUGAAGAAGAUCCCCAGGAAUGAUUUAGUGGAGCGUUUCUCCAAAAGUGGUUUUGAACCCAACAAGGAUGCCACUGAUGUUGGAGAGACUUCAGAGAACACAGGAGCUUCUUCCAUUCAACAGGCACAGGCAGCUCCUCACCCUGCCACCAUGCCUGGGGCUCAGGAUGAAGAUUUGAUGGUGCCAAGACCAAAGCCUUCACGAUCCAUCACAUCAUACCAAUGCAUUCUCCAGUCAAACCUCCAGAACAAGUACAUGUGUAUACCAGAGGGGUUGUCAAAGCAGAAGGAUAAGAAACAUCUUGAUGAUAUCUACACGGAGCUCUACAUGAUAGAUGGGACUGAUGCAGAUUUCAACAGGUACCAUGAGGUCAGGCACAUUGAGAUGACCUCAAGAAAACCGGAAGGAACCGAGAGAUCGAUUCAGCACAACGACAUUUUCAAACACCCUUCUGGAGAAAACACACCGGUAAGAAUGGUGCUGACCACUGGGAUUGCAGGAAUCGGAAAAACGUUCCUUGUACACAAAUUCAUCCUGGACUGGGCUGAAGGAAGAGCCAAUCAAGAUGUGCAUCUCAUGUUCCCGUUCACCUUCCGCCAGCUGAAUUUACUGAAGGGCAAAAGGUUUCGUUUGGCAGAGUUCAUUCACAAAUGUAUCUGCGAAAGUCAAGAUAUCAAAGAGGAGGCUCUUAAUUACAUCUUCACAAAACUACAGGCUUCAGGAAACACCAACUACGACAAGAGUAAAUUCAAACUUCUGUUUGUGCUUGAUGGGCUGGACGAAAGCCGCCUUCAGCUCGACUUCAGUGGCAUGAAAGAUUGUUCUAUUGAUGAGCCACUGUUGGUGAGUGAUCUGCUGGCGUACCUCAUCCAGGGGAAACUGCUCCCCUCUGCUCGCCUCUGGAUAACCACACGACCUGCAGCAAUCAAUCAGAUCCCUCUGGACUUUGUUGACAUCAUGACAGAGGUGAGAGGGUUCACUGACCCACAGAAGGAGGAGUACUUCAGGAAGAGAUUCAGAGAUGUGCAGAUGGUCAACAGAAUCAUCUCCCAUAUUAAGACAUCUCGAAGCCUCCACAUCAUGUGCCACAUCCCGGUCUUCUGCUGGAUCACCGCUACAGUUCUGAAGCAAAUAUUGGGAGAAGAUGAGAGAAAAAAAAUUCCUCAAACUCUGACCGAGAUGUAUACAAAAUUCCUUGUGUUUCAGAUGAAGCAGACAGCACUGAAGUAUGACACAAAUAAGAACAUAGAGAUCAUCGAGUCACUUGCAAAGCUAGCAUUUCACCAGUUGGAGAGAGGUAAUCUGAUCUUCUAUGAGACCGACUUGAACAACAGUGGCAUUCAUCUUAGUGAAGCAUCGGUGUACUCGGGGGUGUUCACACAGAUCUUCAAGGAAGACGACGGGCUGAACGAAGACAAGAUGUUUUGCUUUGUGCAUCUGAGCAUCCAUGAGUUUUUGGCAGCUCUCUUUGUGGUCCUGUCACUUUUUAACAACAGAAAGGAUGUGAUGGCUGAACCGCAAACACCUCUCCAACAUCUGCGGGUGCUUUUCAGAAAAGCAUCCGCAACGGAGAUCUGUAAGAAAGCUGUGGACAAGGCCUUGCGGAGUCCAAAUGGACACCUCGACUUGUUCCUCCGCUUCCUCCUGGGCCUUUCGUUGAAGUCGAAUCAGGAUCUCUUACAAGGCCUGCUGAAACAAACGGGGACAGGCGCAGAGACCAACCAGAAGCUAGUGAAGUACAUCAAAAAGAAGAUCAGGGAGAAUCCCUCACCAGAGAGAUGCAUUAACCUCUUCCACUGUCUGAGUGAGCUGAAGGACAGUUCCCUAGUAGAUGAGAUCCAACAUUACCUGAGAACAGGAAGCCUCUCCACAGUCUCUCUCUCUCCGGCUCAGUGGUCAGCCCUGGUCUAUGUGUUACUGUCAUCAGAAAAAGACCUGGAUGUGUUUGACCUAAAGGAAUACUCCAAAUCAGAGGAGGUUCUGAUGAGAAUGCUGCCAUUGGUCAAAGCCUCAACAACGGCACUACUGAACCAAUGUGAGCUCUCACACCUAUCUUGUGAAGCUCUGGCUUCAGUUCUCAGCUCGCAGUCCUCCAGUCUGAGAAAGCUGGACCUGAGUAACAACAACCUGCAGGAUUCGGGAGUGAAGCUGCUCUCUGCUGGAUUGAACAAUCCACACUGUAAACUGGAAAAUCUAAGGUUAUCAAGCUGUGAGGUCACAGUGGAAGGCUGCGGUUCUUUGGCCUUAUCCCUGAGCUUGGGACAAUAUUGCAGUCUGAGAGAGCUGGACCUGAGUAACAACAACCUGCAGGAUGAUGGACUAAAGCUGAUCUCUGCUGGACUGGAGAGUCCACACUGUAGACUGGAAACUCUUAGUCUCAGUUGGUGUAACCUGUCGAAGAGAGGCUGUGGAUAUCUGGCCUCAGCUCUCAGCGAAAAGUCCUCCAAUCUGAGAAACCUGGACCUGAGUAACAAUGACCUGUAUGAUACAGGAGUGAAUCGGCUCUCUGAAGGACUGGGAAGUCUAUCUUGUAGACUGGAAACACUUAGGUUGUCAGGCUGCCUGGUCACAGAGUUAGGCUGUGCUUAUUUAGCCUUAGCUCUGAACUCUAACCCGUCCCAUUUGAGAGAGCUGGACCUGAGCUACAACCAUCCAGGAGACUCAGGGGUGAAUCUCCUCUCUGUUGGACUGGAGGAUCCACGGUGGAGACUGGACACUCUCAGUGUUGAUCCUCGUGGAGAGUCCAUGAUCUUGCCUGGGCCAAGGAAAUACGCCUGUGACCUCACACUAGACCCAAACACAGCACACAAGAGGUUCCUCCUGUCUCAUGGUGACAGACAGGUCACAAACGUAAGACAGGAGCAGCCCUACCCUGAUCACCCAGAGAGGUUUCAACACAGGUACCAGGUUCUGUGUACAAACGGUCUGACUGGGCGCUGUUACUGGGAGGUGGAGUGGAAAGGACCAGUUUUUGUAGGAGUGACAUACAGAGGAAUCCGCAGGAAAGGACGGGAGGAUGACUCUCUGCUCGGGUUUAACGACAAGUCCUGGUGCUUAGACUGCAACAAGAACACUGAUUGGCACAACGGAAAGGGCAAAGUCAUACCUACAAAAUCCUUCAGUGCUUUCAACAGAGUAGGGGUGUAUCUGGACUGGCCUGCUGGCGUUCUGUCCUUCUACAGAGUCUCCUCUGACAUACUGACCCACCUCCACACCUUCAACACCACAUUCACUGAACCCCUCUAUCCCGGGUUGAUGGUUCUCGGCGCUGAUUCAUUUGCAUUAUUGUGUACGUCUUAGUGACUGUGUCCACAAGUUGCCAAGUCGGUAACACUAACAGCCCAUCCGUUAGGCCUCCCUCCAAAGCCACUCCCCCCAAAAAUGACCAUUAUGUGCACAAACAUAGCAUAAUGAACGGAAACAACGAACACGGCUGUGGAAGACUCAGGUGACGCGCAAUUAGUGCACGGUUAGAGUGUAUGCAGGUAGACAGGCAGUCAGGAUGUAAUGAGAAUUUCAACAACUAAAACAACAAAUAACUAUAACAAAUACAAAAAAAUAAAAAAAGAUUACCAACCCUAGCUUUAAUGAAUGCAGAUGCCAGAGACUGUUCUGUUCAGUUUAGCUCAUGGCAUUCUGAUAAACAGACUUUAUCCAGUGGUGUAGGAAGUAUUUAGAUAAAAGUACUCAAUGCGUAAAAAUGCCCCCCUGUGACUGUUAUGUAUUACAUCAUUAGAUUAUUCUUACUGAUGCAUUAAUCUAUAAGCAGCAUUUUACUGUUGCAGUAGGUCGAGGUGGAGCUAAUUGUUAAUCUAUUUAUCCUAUUUUACAAGAUCACCAUCAUGCUUUCUGUGUAAAAUCUUAAUUAGCAAAGUAUGUAUAGUAACUAUAGUUGUGAAAUAAAUGUAGUGAAGCAAAAAGUACAAUAUUUCCCUGAGAAAUGAAGGGGAGUCGAGGUAUAAAGUACCUCAAAUUUGUACUUCUGUACAGUACUUGAGAAAUAUAAAUAAAUAAUGUAAAUAUACUUAGUUACAUACAUACAUACAUACAUUUCAUUCAAUUAAUGCUGAAAAAGCAGACGUUAUCAUUGGUCCCUGCAUGCACAAAUCCAGCCAUAACCUGGUUCCAUUGUUAGCAGCAUUAAGCCUAUAUGGUGAAAAACUUUGUCUAUUUACGUCUAUAGAUUUCUCCUAAAUUCAGCAGAAGUUAGCAUUAGAUAAUGCCUCAUUUGAAUAUUUAAACAUACAAUUUCAGAAAACUUGGAAUACUGGGGUAGUUUCAUAGUUAUAUCAGUUAGUUAAUUGUUUUACCCUCUUCACAUAGUGUCUAUGGAAUAUUACAAUCCAUAUCUUUAAAGGCUGUUUUCUCAAAUUGAGUUUUUUCUUCAUUCAAUGUCUGAUUUAUACAACAUUUUAUCGCUAAAAACAUGGCGUAAAAUGGAUUU